GUGAGAGCGGGAAGGUGAAGCAGCAGAGUGUAAACAUGGCUCGGACUUUGCUGUGCAGAUUUGUGAGUUUAUUUCAGCUCAGCAGGACACAGAAACCGGUACUGGGGAUUCGGUUUUACUCUCAAACUGAACCGGAGCCGCUGACAGUGAGACAGCAAAACAACGGAAUACGGAGAAUCAUAUUAAAUAAUCCUAAGAAGAGGAACGCUCUGUCCCUGUCGAUGCUUGAAUCUCUCAGAGAAAACAUCCUGACAGACAUGGACAGUGAAGAUCUCAGAGUAAUCGUCUUAUCAGCUAAAGGUCCGGUGUUUUCAUCUGGACAUGACUUGAAGGAGUUGACGUCGGCUCAGGGCAGAGAGCAUCACACUAAGGUGUUUCACACCUGUGCAGAGGUGAUGACUUUGAUACAAGACAUCCCUGUUCCAGUGAUCGCCAUGGUGAACGGUGUAGCGACAGCGGCUGGUUGUCAGCUGGUUGCCAGCUGUGACAUCGCAGUGGUAACAGAGAAGUCCACCUUCGCCACUCCUGGUGUCAACGUGGGUCUUUUCUGCUCCACACCAGCGGUGGCCAUCGGCAGAGCUGUGCCAAGGAAGGUGGCCAUGGAGAUGCUGUUCACUGGAGCUCCCAUCUCGGCCCAGGAUGCUUUGCUGCACGGUCUAGUCAGUAAGGUGGUGCCAGAGGACCAGCUGGAGGAGGAGACGAUGGCCAUCGCCCAGAGGGUGUGUCAGUCCAGCAGACCUGUUGUCGCCCUCGGCAAAGCCACUUUCCAAAGACAAAUGGCUCAAGGUCGAGAUGCGGCAUACGCCACCGCCUCCAAAGUGAUGGUCGACAACCUGGCUCUACGGGACGGACAGGAGGGGAUCCGAGCCUUCAUAGAGAAACGCAAACCUGUGUGGAGCAACAAAGCAGAAAAAGCACACGACUGACGGACUGAUGGAAAGACCUUUAACAUCUUUAAGAUCACUGAAAUGACCACGUGAUGAUUCCCAGUGUUACAUGUGGUGUGAAAUAAUUAGCACCAAUUCUGGCUAAUUGUUUAGGCUAUGCUGCUGUUUAAAUGUAGAUAUGUAAUUAUAUUAAGUUUAAUUUGUGUCCUCUGUCUUUGAUUUCUUUUUUGCACAAAUAAGCCCCUGAACCACUGUGUGCCUUCAAAGAUGCAUUGGAAAGUUGGAAAGAAAACAUUGUUGGCCCUCCUUGAAGAAUCCAGUUGUUUACUGACACAAUGGACUCAUGGAGCCACUGAAUGAAUGCUGUUCUCUUUAUUUUCAAAUGCAAUAAAUCAUUGUAAAGAUUAAGGAUUUUUAAAAUGUGUUGUGUUCAAGAAGUCAAAAUCCCCAUGACUUAUUGUAUGUUAACUAAUUAAAAGUUAAAGAUGU